UCGCACCUUCACCACACUCUCGGGGACAAGAAGAGAAGGACUGGGGCUUGGAAAUGGUUUUGGAUUUGGUCCCAUCGACUACCCACCAUGGCAUCGACCUCCGUCGUCCUGAGCCCUCGGCCCAACCCGCCAGGCGCGCGACCUGGGCCAACCGCGAACAAGGCAAGAGGGCUCGCUCUCUUGAAUAACAACCACAAGGUUGUGGGAUCGCCAGCGCCAAUGCCGGCUAGCACACCUGGACAUGGAGGGCUGGAUCUGGCAGAGCAGAUGAAUGAUGAGGUGCGGCAACAGUUCGUCUCGGGAGCCAAGCUUGGAGAAGGUACCUACGCCAUAGUAACGGCUGGCCACUACCGCCACGACCCAUCCAAGCUUGUCGCUAUCAAAAAGAUCAAGUUCAACGCAGAGUUCAAGGACGGAAUCGCCCCAGACGCUAUCCGCGAAAUCAAGUUCCUCUCUGAACUGUCCCACCCCAACAUCAUCAAACUCCACGCCGUCUUCUCGACCAAAGAGCAGAAUCUGUCUCUCGUGCUCGAGCACUUACCGCUAGGCGACCUCGAUGGCCUCUGGAGAAAUAAAAGCAUUACCUACGGCGGCGCAGAUAUCAAGGCAUGGGCGAACAUGAUGUGUCAAGGAAUCUGGUUCUGCCACGAAAACUACGUCUUACAUCGCGAUAUCAAGGGGAGCAACGUCCUCAUUGCAGCGGACGGAACGCUGAAGCUCGCUGAUUUCGGUCUGGCGAGGAGCUUCGCGGAUCCAGGCAAGAAGAUGACCACGCUGGUCAUAACGCGGUACUACCGGCCCCCAGAGCUGUUCUACGGAUGCAGUUACUACGGCGGAACGGCAGACAUGUGGAGUAUUGGCUGCGUGAUCGCCGAGUUGACGCAGCGCCAGUUUUUCCUCCCUGCAAACACCGAUAUGGAGGAACUCGCUCUCAUCUGUGACACGUUCGGUACACCUACCGAAGAGUCGUGGCCUGGCGUUUCGUUGCUCCCUUUCUACGUCUCACCCGGCGAGCAUUUUGGCGCCGAGCUCAAAGGCAAAGGCAGGAGCGCUGCCAAAAUGGCAAAACCAAUGAGCUGGUGGAGAGCCAAGUUUCCCCUGCUAGGCGAGGACGGCCUCGACCUGAUGAGAGGCAUGCUGACCAUGGAUCCGCAAAAGCGCUUCACAGCACGCCAAGCCCUCGAGCACAAGUAUUGGACCAACCUACCCCGACCCACCAAGAAGCAAAACCUGCCAAAAGAAGGAGGCGGGGAACUGAAAGUAGGCGAAGACCUCAAACGGAAAGGCGGAGAGACGCCCCAAGCUGCCACUGGGCGGGCGGACAAGGUCGCCCGCAAAUUGGACUUUGGCUCCAUGUAAACGAGCACACGCGUUUUGCGGACGGCAGCCCGAUAUCUCCCGAACCUCGGGUCGGGCUGGUGGAGUAACAUGGUUUCUCGACAUGGAGUUCUGGCGUUAGGGAGCUCGGUUCAAGGAAGCGCCUGCAUAUGACGGGUAGGGCUGCGGAUAAACCUGGAGGAACGUUCGAUCCUGCAUUUUCUUGGGAGUCUGGGCUCGUUCUAGACGUUUGACGUGCUUCGGUAUAUUAGUGCCCGAGAGGCAUCACUAACUGAGCAAACUCAAUUCGAUAGAUCUACAGAUCUAGUCUUAGGGAUGUAACAAUAAAGUCAAUACUAUACUUAUU